AUGACCACCAUUCCCAUCGUCUCGGGCGAAGCUGUGCCCGACGCAGAUGGCAAGACAGCCUCUCAACAUCUCAAAGAGGGAGUGGCAGCGCUGACGACAGGUCGCUACACCUCUGCACUCGCUUCUUUCGAUGCGGCCAUCGCAUCAGAUCCCGAGCACUAUCUCUCGUACUACAGAAGAGCCACCGCUCUAUUGUCUCUCGGCAGAACUUCGGCCGCCUUGCAAGACCUGGAUGCUUUGCUCAAGCUCAAUCCUUCCUUUGCUCAAGCACACCUCGAGAAAGCAAAGACACUGGCCAAGGAUGGAGAGUUGGACCAAGCGAAAGAAUCAGCAAAAGAGUUUCUGAAGCUGAAAAAGUCAGACGAGCAGGGACUCACUUUGCAAAGCAGUAUAGAUGCGGCUAUCAAAGCUCAGCAAACACUAAGGACCACGGCGGCCAACGUCGACAAGCUUGUAGCGAAGGAUGCCAAAGAUGCAAAACUUGCUGCUCAGGCUGAAGCUUGUCGCAAGCAUGCCAGUGUAGUGCUCGAGACUUCGCCCGGAAAUUUGGAAGCUCGAAGGCUGAGGGCAAAUUGCGCACUUGCGCGAGGUGAUCUGGACGAUGCCGUUGCAGACUGGAGUCGCAUAGCCCAUCUGGCCCCGUCUUCUGAACUUUUAAUACGAUUGUCAUCCCUCUCCUAUCUCAUACUGGGCGAAGAAGGCUCUUCGCAGCAGGAAGCAGGUUUGCUGCAUCUUAAGAAUUGCCUCAACUCGGAUCCCGACAACAAAGCCUGCGCGCGAGCACAUCGCCGAUUGCGAAACUUGAACAAGUCGCUCAAGAAGGCUCACAAUUUUGCAGAUGCGGAAUCUUGGAGAGCUGUGCUGUCCGCGCUCAAAGGUCCAAAGAUAGGAGGGCCGACUGUAUUGCAGGAAGUGGAGAGUGCGAUCAAGGACGAUCUGACCUCGAAGGAUGGCAAGGAGCCCGUCCUGCCGGCCCUUCUGCAAGAUGCUGUCGAGAGGAGUGCACUGAUGCACGAAAUCCGCUCUCUCACGUGUCAAGCCCACCUGGAACUGGAUGAGAUCAAGAAGGCGAUCCCGGCUUGCGAUGCGGUGUUGAAGAGAGAACCAGAGAAUCCUUCGGCGCGAGCUACAAAGGGAGAGGAAUAUAUGCUGGAUGAAAAGUACGAGGAGGCCGUCAGAGAGUUCGAUGCUGCACUGAAGGCUGCGGGAGGGCAAGAUCGAUCCCUCUACAUGCGCUUGCAGAAGGCUCAGAAGAGACUGAAACUAUCGAAAGCCAAGGACUACUACAAAGUCUUGGGGGUGGCGAGAAGUGCAGAUGCCAAGACGAUCAAGAAGGCCUUCAGGAACAAAGCGAAGGAGCAUCAUCCAGACAAAGGCGGAGACGAGAAGAAGAUGGCACAGGUCAAUGAGGCAUUUGGAGUCCUGGGCAACGAUGAGCUGCGGGAGAGGUACGACGCGGGAGAUGAUCCCAACGAUCCCAUGGCUGGUGCACAGCAGGGUCAUCCCUUCCAGCAAGGAGGCAACCCCUUCGGUCAAUUUUUCCAGCAGGGUGGAAGUCCCUUUGGCUCUCAAUUCGCUCAGGGUGGUCAACAGUUCCAUUUUAGCUUUUAG